AUGGCGGCAUCACUGUUCACCUUCUCCUCCACUUCAAGAAGAGUCGUCCCAGCUCCAAACUCUCCUCCUCUUCCCAUAUACAUCAAAGCCACCAACGUAUUUUUCAACCCUGAUAUUCCAGAUGUUCAUCGAGGUCUUGGACUUGAUGAUUUUGUUAAUUUCUUAGUCUCCUGCCGACUCCGAUACGCAGUCAGUGACGUUCCAUCAGAGUUCUUUCCCGAACAAGUCUGUGAGUUCUACUACACUGCAACAAUUAAUGAUGAAAAAAAUGCCAUCUCUGGGACUAUUGGCCGUGGAAGACACUCAGUCUUUAUUCUUGCUGACCUCCUCAGUGCUGCGCUCAGGUUACCAAUCUUUGAACCCUUCUCUGAGCUUACACCUAUUGAACGUUGUCGACAUCUCUUUGAUCAACUGGGAUAUGAUCACUCAAAGGCUGGCACUCGAUCAGCUCUCAUUCUACGUCAAUGUAUGACUCCAGGAUGGAAGUUCUUCACCGGUGCUCUGUGCAAAUGUGUGGGUCACAAAUCUCGCAGUGGUGAUCAACUGAGCACUUAUGAGCAACAAGUCAUCUGUUCCCUUCUUCUCCACAAACGACUUGAUUUUGGGGAUUUCUUCUUUGAUCAGUUUGUUCAACUUCUUCGUGCAAUUGUACACGCUGAUCAUGUCCCCUUUCCACGCUGGAUUGCUCUUGUGCUAGAUAAAUUUUUCGGUGAAGCUUACUACUCACACUCUGGAAACCCCAUCCAAUGCCCACGCAUGUCACUACGAAUGUAUCAGGAUGAUCCAUUGGAAACUGACAUCGACAUCUCUGAUGGGAUGAGAGAAUGGAUUGCAAAUCCAUAUACUGUUCCUUCACUAACCGCUGAUACUGAUGAAGGAGCUGAUGGUAACAACGAAGAUCAUGCUGAUCAAGAAGCUGAAUCACAGGAUGGUGGUCAUCUCUCCCCUCAACUUUCUCAUCAUACUCUUUCUAUCGCUGAGAGAGUCCACUCAGCUCAGGGGGAGCAACCAUCUCAGGGGGAGCAACCAUCCCAGGGGGAGCACCCUUCUCCGGGGGAGCAACCAUUUCAGGGGGAGCAUCCUUCUCCGGGGGGAGCAACCUUUCUCCCAACAAGUUCCAGGUACUCAAUUCCUUCAUAUACCGACCUCAGCAUUCAAUGA